GUGUGGCGUUGUAUGUGGACUCUCUUUGUGUGUCUGCAUGUGUGCGUUCGAUUUAGUUUUUGAAGCCAAAGAGUUAUGGCAGUGGAAUAGAAAAUAAAUACAAAUUUCUCGCAGUCGUCGUCAUCAUCACCGUUCAUCAGUUGGUCGUGUGUAUUUGCGUAUAUUCGAUGUAAAGAAAAAAGAAAUAUUUUUUUUGGUCCCAAUAAAAAAGUGAAACAAACAAAAUCAGACUCAUUUCGAAAUCACAAUAUAAAAGAUCUCAGAGUGAACAUUUCAAUACAUACUCCGGAAAGGGCAGAAUACUUAACGCAAACCCAAAAAAAACCAUCAGCAAAUCACCAAAAAUAGUGAAAAAAAUAUGAAAAUGGAUCAAAUGAACCGAGGCUAUAAAAACUAAAAAAACUGCCAGAAUUAAAAAAAAAAAUAAGUUUUAUGUGACUCGAUCAUUGUGUUAUGUGAAUUGAAUCAGAAACAAUAACAACAAAAAAGACAACAAACUGAAAAUCCAUUGUGUUCGUUACAAUUUGCGCUGCCAUCGGGGAGUUUAAAUUGCAUUACAGUGUAAAUUUGUUCUCAUGCGUCUUUUGAGCAAAUUGCGACGACUCUAAUUUUGAAACGAUUUUCUAUAAAAACCGAACAGGAAAUUGGCGAGAAAAAUACUCACCGAGGAAAAGAAAACAAAAACGACAGAGAAAGCGUACAGUUGAUUCAUGUUUCGUGUUUUCUAGUUGCUUCCAAGCAAUUGGACAAAAUCAUAUUUUACUCCAUUUGGCGUACAUAAUCACAGUUUUGAGUGUAUGUGUGGGUAGUGGAUGAACUUUUGAAGACAUAUAGCCCAGUAAAAAAUUUAGUGAUGCGUGAAAAAUUGACAUAAACACUUAUGACAAACGGCUAGCAGGGUGCAUAUUUUCUAUUGCACUCAGAAGGAUAUUGCACAUACAACGACACACACACUCACACGUUGUCUACAUUUUUGUGAGUGCAUUCGAUACGAGGGUGGUGAGUUAGAAAUUCUCAGCUGCCGACAGAAGAACAAAAACUAUUGCUACGAAUUUACCGAGAAAAGGAAAACCGAGAAAAAUAGAAACACAAGAGAUAGACACCGAUAGUCGAUUCAUGUUGAUGCUUCUUUUUUCUUUAAUGUGUUCUUUAAAAAAACAAGAGUGCUGGGCAUAGAGACAGAGGGAGAGAAAAGAACACACUUCCAAAUUUUAUAAGAAACGAACAUCAUAAAUAAAUUGCUACAGGAUAACGAGCGCUUGAUGGUAUAAGACCGACGUCAUAUAUCGAAGAUAGGAGAAGAAAAAAAAAAACAUAGAGUUCGAAAAAAAGAGCCUAGAAACGACGCUGUGUCGACGCCUAUGUGUUCCAACGCAUUCGGUGAAUCGGAAACGAAAGAAGCGCAUUAGUAAUACACUCACCCAGACGGAGUUUGUGACACACAAAUGAGAGUAAAUUACUGCCUGACUUCGAACAAAACCAAACAUUAAUACGGAUAUUCGUGACAUUCGAACGAUUCAUCUACCCCAAAUCCACAAUAAAAACAUAUAUCUUCAAUACACACACAGGCUGCAUAGCACAUUAACAACAUUUAAAAUAAUUUUGGCUGCGCCGAGUAACCUUUCGAUAAAAUAUUCUUGGAAUCAAAACUCAUAAAAGAACAAAACAACAAAAAAGAGAGCACAAAAAUAACACACUUUUACCAUUUUCGUCUGUUGAUUCGGUUCGAGAUAAUUUUUUCUAAUUCUCCGACUUUUUCGUUUUCACUGUGAUUCGAUUGCAUUGACGAUUUUCAAGUGCAUUUUGGGUGAAAAGAAGAUUGUAUCGUGAAGAAAAGCAAACAACAAUAAUCCGAACACCAUCAUCAUCACCAUGUCUUCGAGAAAUAUACCUGCUGAUAAGAUAAACUUGCGAUUGAUUCUCGUGAGCGGAAAAACAAAGGAAUUUCUAUUCAGCCCAUCUGAUUCAGCUGGAGAUAUUGCACAAACAGUAUUCGAUAAUUGGCCUGAAGAUUGGGCAGCUGAAGCCGUACCAAAAGCAGAAGUUCUACGUUUAAUAUAUCAAGGAAGAUUUUUACAUUGUAACGUGACGCUGGGUGCACUAGUUCUACCAUUGGGAAAAACAACGGUCAUGCAUUUGGUACCGCGUGAUAAUCUACCAGAGCCAAACUCUCAAGACCAACGGCAAAAAAGUAAGAGCGGUUCUAGGAGAUGUUGUGCGGCGACGUGCUGCAUCUUGUAACACCCUUUCGUAAUAUCUUUAUUGAUAAGCAACAAACAAAAAGAUCACUACUUAAUGUUAUAGAUUCUUCUUAUAAUACUUUGAAUUCGAUUUAACUAAAAUAAAAACCAAUUUUAAAAAAACAAAUGAGCUAGAUAUUGAGGGGAUAAAGUAUAACACAUUCAAGACUCUCAAGGUUUAGUUUAUUGAAAAUGAACACAAGCGCAAAACUGACAAAAAAAGACGAAAAAAAAAACAAACCAUAGACAAAAAACAACUGAAGUAUGAAAUAAAUUGUAGCGACUAUAGACGAUAACUUGUAUAAUGUGUAAAUUUAAUAGCUAAUUCGAUAUAAUUGUUGAAUUCUUGUGUCUAAAAUGCAGUUAUAUUUCUAAAUUUCGCGCAAUGUUCUCACAUUCACUUUAUUCGCUUUCGCCGAUAAAAAAAUUCCCAUAAUUCUUCAUUCUUAGUUGUUUGAUGUCAAAAUACUACUAAAAAAUCUAUAUUUACACACAACAAUAAUGACAUACUACGGCCCAACACACACACACAUACAUACCACUGGUUGAAUAUGCAAUAACGUCAGAGAACGAUUGAAUAAAUGGUGCAUCGAAUAACAAAAUAAAAGCUUAGACAGUGGUUUAAAGAAAAUGAAAGAAAACACCGAUAUUUGUAAGGUCGUUAAUAAAAGCCACCCUCUUUUUUUAAAAUGAGCUGAUGAAUCUUGCAGUGCUUAUUCUUAAUUCGCAGUUUUUAUAUAAUAAUUCGAAAGAAGAGGGUGGCCUUUUACUUUUGACUUUGCUUUCACGUUUCACUUUUGUAGAAUAGCUGAAAAAUGAACUUUGUACAUAUAUAGAAGACAAAACAUAAUAAUUUUAAUGUUCUAAUAUUAAUUACACUUAAAUUACGAUGGGCAACAGAAAAAACCUAUUAAACAAUGUGAACAAAUCCGUGCAAAAAUUA